UGCCACGACUCCACACGCGCGCACGCAGCCAGCGAGCAGCCGGAGCGGACGGCGGACGGGGCGGACGGCGUCGGGGUCGCGGCGCCUGCAGCUGCUCGGGGGCGGCUUCUCAGCGGAGGCUUGGCCGGCUUCUCUCUCCCGGUUCCGCGGCGGCGGCGGCUCCUGCCCUUUCGCUCUCCCUCCCGCGUCUCCGGCUGCAGGUGAAAGGAAAGCAAGCCAGGAUGGAUAUUUACGACACUCAGACUUUGGGGGUUGUGGUCUUCGGUGGAUUCAUGGUCGUUUCUGCCAUCGGCAUCUUCCUCGUGUCAACCUUCUCCAUGAAGGAGACAUCCUAUGAAGAGGCCCUGGCCAACCAGCGCAAGGAGAUGGCAAAAACUCACCACCAGAAAGUGGAGAAGAAAAAGAAGGAGAAAACGGUGGAGAAGAAAGGAAAGACCAAAAAAAAGGAAGAGAAACCUAAUGGGAAGAUACCUUACCAUGAGCCAGCCCCCAACAUGACCAUCCUUCUCAAAGACCCAGUGCGGGCACCCGCAGUGGCUGUGGCUCCAACUCCAGUCCAGCCCCCCGUGGUCAUUGCCCCUGUAGCCACGGUACCAGCCAUGCCCCAAGAGAAGCUCGCCUCCUCCCCUAAGGACAAAAAGAAAAAGGAGAAAAAAGUGGCAAAGGUGGAACCAGCAGUCAGUUCUGUAGUGAAUUCCAUUCAAGUUCUUGCCUCCAAGGCUGCCAUCUUAGAAACUGCUCCCAAGGAGUCAGCUCCUAUCCAAGGCAAAAAUGCAGAUAUGGUCCAGAGUCAAGAGGCACCAAAGCAAGAGGCUCCUGCAAAGAAGAAGUCUGGUUCAAAGAAGAAAGGGCCCCCGGACUCCGACAGCCCUCUCUACCUCCCCUACAAGACGCUGGUCUCCACGGUUGGAAGCAUGGUGUUCAACGAGGGGGAGGCCCAGCGGCUCAUUGAGAUCCUGUCCGAGAAGGCUGGCGUCAUUCAGGACACCUGGCAUAAGGCCACUCAGAAGGGCGACCCUGUGGCAGUUCUGAAGCGCCAGCUGGAAGAGAAGGAGAAGCUGCUGGCCACAGAGCAGGAGGACGCAGCUGUCGCCAAGAGCAAACUGAGGGAGCUCAACAAGGAGCUGGCAGCGGAGAAGGCUAAGGCAGCGGCUGGGGAGGCCAAGGUGAAGAAGCAGCUCGUGGCCCGGGAGCAGGAGAUCACAGCCGUGCAGGCGCGCAUGCAGGCCAGCUACCGGGAGCAUGUGAAGGAGGUGCAGCAGCUGCAGGGCAAGAUCCGGACUCUUCAGGAGCAGCUGGAGAACGGCCCUAACACGCAGCUGGCCCGACUGCAGCAGGAGAACUCCAUCCUGAGGGAUGCCUUGAACCAGGCCACGAGCCAGGUGGAGAGCAAGCAGAACACCGAGCUGGCCAAGCUCCGGCAGGAGCUCAGCAAGGUCAGCAAGGAGCUGGUGGAGAAGUCGGAGGCUGCACGGCAGGAGGAGCAGCAGCGAAAGGCUCUGGAGACCAAGACGGCCGCCUUCGAGAAGCAGGUCCUGCAGCUGCAGGCGUCCCACAAGGAGAGUGAGGAGGCCCUGCAGAAGCGCCUGGAUGAGGUCAGCCGGGAACUGUGCCGCUCCCAGACCAGCCACGCCAGCCUGCGGGCGGACGCCGAGAAGGCCCAGGAGCAGGAGCAGCGGAUGGCCGAGCUGCACAGCAAACUGCAGUCCUCCGAGGCGGAGGUGAAGAGCAAGUGCGAGGAGCUGGCCGGUCUCCAUGGGCAGCUCGAAGAGGCAAGGGCCGAGAGCUCGCAGCUCAAGGAGAGAAUCCGGUCCAUUGAGGCCCUGCUGGAGGCAGGCCAGGCCCGGGACACCCAGGCCGCCCAGGCCAGCCAGGCGGAGCAGCAGGCCCGCCUCAAGGAGCUGGAGUCCCAGGUGCGGUGCUUGGAGGAGGAGGCCACUGAGCUCAAGGAGGCCGUUGAGCAGCAGAAAGGGAAGAACAACGACCUCCGAGAGAAGAACUGGAAGGCCAUGGAGGCCCUGGCCUCGGCCGAGAGAGCCUGCGAGGAGAAGCUACGCUCCUUGACCCAGGGCAAGGAGGAAUCAGAGAAGCAGCUCAGCCUGAUGGAGGCAGAGACCAAGGAGGCCCUGUCGGCUCUGCUGCCGGCGCUGUCCAGCUCAGCGCCCCAGAGUUACACCGAGUGGCUGCAGGAGCUCCGAGAGAAGGGCCCCGAGCUGCUGAAGCAGCCGCCGGCUAGCACAGAGCCCUCAUCGGACCUGGCCUCCAAGCUGAGGGAGGCUGAGGAGAUCCAGAACAAUCUGCAGGUCGAGUGUGACCAGUACCGCACCAUCCUGGCAGAGACGGAGGGCAUGCUCAAAGACCUGCAGAAGAGCGUGGAGGAGGAGGAGCGGGUGUGGAAGGCCAAAGUGAGCGCCACGGAGGAGGAACUCCAGAAGUCACGGGUCACAGUGAAACAUCUGGAAGGCAUUGUAGAGAAGCUAAAAGGAGAGCUUGAAAGUUCAGAGCAGGUGAGGGAGCACACCUCACAUCUGGAGGCAGAGCUGGAGAAGCACAUGGCGGCCGCCAGCGCCGAGUGCCAGAACUACGCCAAGGAGGUGGCGGGGUUGAGGCAACUUUUAUUAGAAUCUCAAUCUCAGCUGGAUGCAGCCAAGAGUGAAGCCCAGAAACAAAGCGAUGAGCUCGCCCUGGUCAGGCAGCAGUUGAGUGAGAUGAAGAGCCACGUAGAGGAUGGUGACGUAGCUGGGUCCCCAGCUGCCCCCCCAGCAGAGCAGGACCCCGUCGAGCUGAAGACGCAGCUGGAGCGCACGGAAGCCACCCUGGAGGGCGAGCAGGCACUGCGGCAGAAGCUCACGGCCGAGUUUGAGGAGGCUCAGAGCUCGGCGUGUCGGCUCCAGGCAGAGCUGGAGAAGCUCCGCGGCAUGGGGUCCCUCGAGUCUUCAGAAGCAGAGGAGGUCUCGCAGCUGAAGGAGAGACUGGAAAAAGAGAAGAAAUUAACCAGUGACCUGGGACGCGCUGCCACCAAAUUACAGGAGCUUCUGAAGACAACCCAGGAGCAGCUGGUGAAGGAGAGCAAGAUGGUGAAGGAGCUGCAGGGGCAGCUGGACAAAACCGAGGAGAGUAGCAGCUCAAAGGAGGGCACAUCUGUCUGAGUCUCCUCUUCAGGACGAGAAGUUACUGUUCAACUUACCAAAAUGCCUUACACAUUCCUUACAAAUAAAUCAACCAACCAACACAGCGUUAUCAAGGCCCAACCUCCAGUAGCUCUGAGAGAAGCCAUUAGAGACGAGAGUCUCUUAGAAUCACAGAAAUAGAUCUUCCAGACCCCCUGUUUGUAAAAGAGCCUUUGUCACAUUUGAUAAACACUAUUCCCCAGGACCAGCCCUGGACCACCUCCGAGCAGACGCCAAAGCCCUUAUCAGCUCUGUGACAGACCCCAGGGGAUGUGCUGGGGAGGCCGGGACCUCUGGGUAUCUGUAUGUCAAUCAGUGCAAUUGUUUUCUUUCCCUGGGUUGGGGGGUCAGGAGGCGGGCGGCCCCGGGGGAGAGUCUCAAAGGCUGUGGAGCAGACUGGAGGGUCACAUCCCAGCGAGGCAGCAGCCCCUCACCCCUGGGAGAAGUUGCCAGCAACAACGGAUGUGUGACCUCCUGGACGUUCAUGCCAUUAAAACCAACAUUGUCGCCCGG